GUCCCACCUUGUCGCGAUAAAAGAUAACGAUAACGGCCACAGACCCGCAAAAAAUUGUCGAUGAGGGGGAGGGGCAACCGCUAAAUCGCACAGGCUGUCCUAGGCCUGGAUAGUGCCACAAAGUACGAAGUCGACUUCCAAACCAGAACCUGAUCGCAGCAAGAGAUUGGUUUCGUUUCCUGACUGAACGACUACCAAGCGACGGCCAGUUCAGCUAGACCAUCAUGAUCCUCCUCGACUCCGAGCGGGAUGCCAUCUCGGCCCGCAUCUCUGAGGCCUGCCCACCCGAGAUACAAAAAGUUCUUACCGCGGCUUGGGCGCACGAUGUCGCAACUGUGAAAAAGCUCCUCGACACCCCCGAGGCCGCCAGGGGCCAAGACCCCCUGACCGGGGAGACGCCGCUGCACGCCGCCAUCCGAUCGUGCGGUCCCCCUUCCGAAGAUGACGAUGAGGCCGAUUUGGCGGCUGCGAGAGAGACAGUUCAAGAGCUCUUGCUUUGGGGAGGCAUCUGGAACGAUGUCGACGAUCGCAAUGAGACUCCUGGUUGCGUCGCCCAUCGUCUAGGCCGGACUGAGCUGUACAACCUCUGUGUUGACGCUGGUGUAAGAGCUGAGAUGCUUUUCGGGGUGCUGGAGGGGUACGAGGAGCUGGAAAGUGACGACGAGGAAGAGGACGAGGGGGAUGCUCAUCAGGAGGCUGGCGAGUCGGAGAUGGUGGUUGUGGGCGAGGAUGGAGAGGAGGCCCCUGAACUGAUCAAUGUACCAACAAACGGAACUGCGGAGGAAGCGUCACAAGGAUUUGUCCCACCACAAGACGACGCGGUCGAUGUCAACUCGGAGCAAUAUCUGAGGUCGAAGCUGACAUACUCUGACGGGAAGUUGGUAGACGACGAGGGUAAUGGAGUGAUGAUGGCCUGGGAAACAGAUAUCAUGCGCCAGAGCGUUGAUGCUCUGCUGCCGAGCAAGGAACCAGGGAAGAGAAUCCUCAAUAUCGGCUUUGGUAUGGGCAUCAUUGACACAAUGUUCGCUGAGACUAAGCCAGCAAAGCAUCACAUUGUUGAGGCCCAUCCCGGAGUCCUUGAACACAUUUCUAGCCCCGACUCCAAGUUUGGCCCAAGCUGGGAGGCAAGCGCCCCUGAGCCUGGCGCCUACAAGAUUCACCAAGGAAAGUGGCAAGAGGUGUGCGUCAAGCUUUUGCAAGAAGGCAAUGUGUACGAUGCCAUUUACUUCGACACAUUUGGUGAAGAUUAUUCGCAACUACGCAUGUUUUUUACUGAACUUAUCCCCGGCCUGCUGGACAGCAAUGGCAUCUUUGGUUUCUUCAACGGCCUUGGCGCGGAUCGAAUGAUUUGCUACGAUGUCUAUACCAAGGUCUCGGAGCUUCAUCUUGCCGAUGCUGGGCUUGAUGUUGAGUGGAAAGUGAUUGAUGUUGACAUGUCCCGACUGGCCGAGGAGGGCCAAGGCGAAUGGGAAGGUGUUAGAAGGAGAUAUUGGACGUUGGACAAAUACCGUCUGCCGAUAUGUACUUUCCUUGGUUGA